AUGUCAGGAGGGGUUGGUACAACCUGCAAUGACAUUAGCCUGCCAAAUGAAGAAGUGCAGGGCCAUGAAAACUCCCACCCCAAUCCUCUUAAACCCGUUCCAAACCCAGCGAAUCCAUCCAAGACACGCUUUCUCACGCUACGACAACUCAAUUGUCUUGCUGUUAUGAUCAUCACCGCUGCAAGUGGCAUGGUGAGCCCUGAAGACUUGGCUUUUGUAUUUUUUUCUGUCAUCUACAUGUACUUGCUUUUAAAAGUUGCCUUCCCUCGGAAAAUUCCUCCAAAAGAUUCCUUGGUUUUUGAUCCAAGAAACAAGAUUCUUCGCUUGUAUGUCACCAUCGGUGCUAUCAUCGGCCUCUAUUUCCCUGUGGCUUAUAUCUUUGAAGGGAUUUUUGAGGGUGAUAAAGAAGGCAUAAAGGCAGCAGCACCGCAUGUUUUUCUUCUGGCUAGUCAAGUUUUCAUGGAAGGAGUGGCCUUCUCUGGCAGGUUUUCAAUUCCGGUUCGUGUUUAUGUUCCGGUGUUUUACAAUACGCGGAGGAUUUUUACCCUCGUGGACUGGCUGAGGUCUGAGUUUUCAAAGGUGGAUCACUAUUAUGCAGGAUCUGCUAGGAGGCUGUACGUUGGAAGAGUCCUUGCUGUGGCUAAUAUGGCGUUUUGGUGCUUCAAUCUCUUUGGGUUCUUGUUGCCUGUUUAUCUACCCAAAGCUUUUAAGAUGUAUUACGAAUCUAAGCUCCCAAAGAAGGGAAUAAAGAUGAAAGGUUUUCCUUUCGUCCCUUACCGCUAG